GACCGCCCAUCGCUGUAAAACCUUCCUUCUACCCUUCCAAAGGGUCAAAGUCUGGACGAAACCAACAAUAGGCUGCAGAUAAAUUCAAAACGGAGGCGAUUUCACAUCAACCCGGAGGAUUUAGAAAGUUUUUUCUUUUUUCUUUUUUCCAACUUUCCAAGCGGAUGGCUCCUCUGCUGAAAUGCGUCUUUCUGAUCCUGCUGGCGUCUCUUCCGACUCUGCUUCCUGUGGGGGCAGAAGGAGAGCUCCAGAGGCAGAAGAGAGAGUGGAUCAUAGCUCCCAGGCAGCUGAAGGAGAACCAUGACUACUCCGGCCUGGCCUUUAUCGCCAGAAUUCGCUCAGACAAGGAGAACUUCACGCGGAUCAUAUACUCCCUGUCGGGCCCCGGUGUCGACCAACCGCCUGUUGGUCAGUUCCGUGUCGAUCCCCACACUGGUUACGUGAAAGUCCUCACCAUUCUGGACCGAGAGAAGAUCCCCUUCUACACUUUGAUAGGAAGAGCAAACUACCACGACGGCUCGAGAGCCGAAAACGAUAUUGAGCUCAAAAUCACCGUCUUGGACGAGAACGACAACCCACCGGUCAUUGUGGCGCAGCAAGUCGGACAAGUCGCAGAAUGCAGCGCAGCAGGUACAACCGUCAUGCAAGUGACCGCUACCGAUGCCGAUCAAGAGGGCACCAUCAACUCCCAGAUCUUCUACCGCAUUAGGGAGGAGAGCAACCCAGAUGGGAUAUUCUUCAUAAACUGCCAGACCGGAGAGGUCAUAGUUCAAAAGGUGUCUCUCGACAGGGAGUUACAAUCCUCAUACAAGUUGGUUGUUGAAGCUCUCGACAUGAAUGGACUACCAGGAGGACACGUAGGAAGUGGAGAAAUCGAGAUCAAAAUUCUGGACAUAAACGACAACAUUCCUACCCUGGAACAAGAAUCGUACGAGGGGAGCAUAGAGGAGAACACCGUCAAUGUGGAAGUUAUGAGGAUUAAAGCCAUCGACUUGGAUCUGAUUCACACCGAAAACUGGCUGGCUGCGUAUAAAAUCGUUUCCGGGAAUGAGGGAGGCUAUUUCAGUAUCAAAACCGAUGCUAAGACCAACGAGGGAAUUAUCAUGAUUAACAAGGCCCUGGACUAUGAGGAACUGAAGGUGCUCAACUUGGGAAUAGCGGUCGCCAACAAAGCAGAAUACAACUUUGGCAGCGGGGUUAUUCGACCCAUACCAAAUAAAUCCUACCCCAUCAAGAUUAACGUGGUCAAUCAGAAGGAAGGCCCCCGUUUCGCACCAACCACAAAAGUGGUGGCUGUUUCUGAGGACCGCACGUCCAUCUCCAUCGGACAAGUCAUCGCCAACUACGCUGCUAUCGAUAGCGACACGCUCAAGAUCGCCACCAACGUGAGGUACCAGAAAAACCGUGACAUCGACAACUGGUUGAUUAUUGAUGAAAAGACCGGCGAUAUCAAGCUGAACAAAUUCCCUGACCGAGAGUCCAAGUUCUUGAAAAAUGGAACAUACUACGCCGAAGUCAUCUGCAUCACCAAAGAUGUGCCCUUAAAAACCGCGACAGGCACCAUAGCCAUUCAGGUGGAGGACUUCAACGACGACUGUCCCAGACUGAUCACUAAGACUCAGACUGUGUGCCUCGAGGACAGCGUGAUCUACGCCACCGCUGUUGAUGAGGACGAGUUCCCCAAUUCGGCACCGUUUGACUUCGUCGUGAAUCAAAAGAACAGCCAGGGGACGUGGACAGUGGAGCAUCUCAACGAAACCACAGCCAUCCUGCGAGAACAAACCAACCUGUGGCCAGGCACCUACAAAGUGGAAGUGGAGAUCAGAGACCAGCAAGGAAAGCUCUGUGAUGAGGCACAGAUAAUUGACAUAACCGUGUGCACUUGCCAGAAAAACACUAAAACCUGCCAGAACGUCCGAAGUCGAUCGACGGCUAAGUUCGGAGCCGCCGGUAUCCUGCUCCUGCUGCUGGGGCUGCUGCUGCUGCUGUUGCUGCCCCUUCUGCUGCUCUUCUGCCUCUGCGGAGGUCCUGCAGCUGUCGGGGAUUUCAAGGCUAUUCCGUUUGAGACGAAACAACACCUGAUCUCAUACCACACCGAGGGACAGGGGGAAGACAAGGAUAUCCCUCUGAUACAUAUGCCAGCAGAGGUUGAUGUUGGCACAAUGAAUGCCAGAGACGUCAACACCUUUGGGGGAAGGGGGCAGCCUGGAGGAGGGCCCGAUUUAGGAGGCAUGGCAGGUGCAGGAGCAGCAGGUGGAGGAGCAACCUUGGGCUACACUGUAAACACAUCCACUCUGAAUGUGGAGAAUGUGAACAGGUACAGCCGGUACAGGCACUUCAGUGGGCAUGAGGAGGUGGACCACAUGGGCGGAGGGAUGAUGACCGGACACGACCUGAGUCUCUCCCAGUACAGAGGUGCGGUCUUCAAUGGGAUGGCUCUGUCCGAUCACUUCCUGGAGGACUACUUUUCAAGUAAAUCCAACCAUGCUGCUCAGCAGUCCUACGAGAAGGAUGCUCUCCUGAUCUAUGACUAUGAGGGUCAAGAGUCCCCGGCAGGUUCGGUAGGCUGCUGCAGCCUUCUUGAAAACGAUGACGAUCUGUCAUUCCUCAAUGACCUGGGGCCUAAAUUCAAAACCCUGGCUUCGAUUUGUCAGGGAUCGACCCUGGUGAGCGAGUCAGUGGAUGCAAGAGUUUCUAUCCCCCCGGUCAGACCGGUGUCUCCCUUCAGGCCCUCCACCUCGACCCACACACAUGUCCACACUCACAGCGAAACCAUCAGGGACAGGGACCACAUCAACACCGUCAACACCUCCAACACCUCCAAUGUGGCUUCAGGAUCCUCCACCAUCAUCCGUGAGGAGCGAACCACUGAGAGAGCCCAGGGCUCGGCAACUAUUCCCAGGGUGCAUAUCCAGGACAAUGUGGUGAUUCCCAGCCAGACGCUGCUCGUGCAGCAGCCUGCAAUGUACUAUGCUACCACGCCCAUGUAUGUGGUUGAGUCCAAGCCCCAAGUGAUGCUUGUGGCGGGGGGCGCCCAGCAGGCGGUGGCUCCAGUAGCCCAAGUCGGGAUGAGUCACGGGCUGGUGCAAGUUGGGGGUCUCCAAGGUUCCCAGGGUGUCGUACUUGUUGAUAGGCAGGUAGGAGUGGGUGGAGCAGCAGGUCAGGGAGCACAGGGCCUGACAAAGGGAACCCUCUCCAGGUCCAGACAAGUGUUGGUGGUGGAGAAUAGAUCCACUGCUGGAGCAGAGCACGAGGCAGACUUAGCACAGGGCAUCAUUCAGACAGGACAGAGCUCCACAGAGCAGGGCUAUGAGCUCAGAGGUCAAGGUUUGCAGGUGAAAACUCAGAGCUUUUCACAGAGUUCACGCAGCUCUGCAGGGUCACAUGAGGAUCUUCUUCUGACAGCCACACCCAGGUUGCAUGGCAGCCAGAGGGUGGUUGUGCAACAUAAGAAAGUGUCAGUGACAGAGAGAAAUGUGGAUUCCAGCACAAGAGCAUAAAGCACCACUUCUGUUCAGCCUAUCCACAGACGCUCCACUUGUUUCGACAUAUAUUUCUGUUGAUUGUAGAUUGAAAUGUACUGCAGUAUAUAAACAUACAUCUUUUCAUACAGACGGAUAGAUUUUUAAAUUGUGGUAACACUAAUAGAGUUUAGUCUGUUUGACCUUAAGUGCAAUACUGUGUGUCCUCAUCUGCUGCUCAUGGUAGUUAACACGCUGUUUUGACUACAUGUGCAGCAGAGUCAUGAACCGCUUUGGAUUUCAAUUCAGAUUCAGAGCGAGCAUUGACUGGCAUUAAUACCAAAAAGUUUCUUGUGUGCUACCUGUUAAAAGGAGGCUCCUCAGCAUCAGUAUACAACACAGUAUUGGUGUUAAGCAUGUCAAUGGGAUUAAUACUUCUUAUAAAAGCUUUGUAUGAUUUCUGUCAUUGUGCUCCAGCUGAGGGGAAGUCUAACUAAAAAUAAAUAAAAAUCCCUACAGUUCUGAUCCAAGGAAUAACCAUCUGAGCUAUAAAAAGUACUGCAUUUCUUUUAGGUACUAAAGUAGCAUGGCUCCAGGGGGGGAGUAAUUAUCUAAGAUAAACAGAACCAAGUUAAAACAGUCAAACCUGAUGCGCAUCAGAUGCCUAUCUCUGACUUUACCCCCUCACUACAGAGACGCUGGAAGACGCACAGAACAAACAAUAAAGGCUGCACCUUCUCCGAGGGCAGCAAUAAAAGAAGACAGGAGCCGCUGCUGUGGUUGUAUCUCGCCUUUUACCCCUGAUGGAUGUGUUUGGGAGAAACAACCUGUACAAUCAAACACACCAUCUAAUUAAAGUCCCAUAAACAAAGUUAUCAGAAGCGUCCACAAAGCAGCCAAAAAGAACAGGAGGAGGACGACACUCAGCAGUCGGGUUUGAACAUGUCUGUAAACUAGUGAUGGAGCUGAUGAGUAACUGUACCGAAUGUGGACAUGCAAAGUAAAAAUUGGAUUCGUAAAGUUGUUUGUGUGAACCACCUGACCACUAUGUGACCGCUACAAAUCUCAGUUAGUGACCAUGCAGGGUAGCUUUAUGUACAUCAAUAACUAUAAUUAUCAAUCUUGAGAAGCACUCAGUUCUUUUGACAGUGAUGAAGGCAAAAGGUAGAAGCUCUACCUGAAACUACUCCGGUGCAAUCUUCCACACAGGCGUCCAAACACUAGAUUUUGUACUGUAAUAUUUUAGUGUGAUCCCAAAGACACUCGGUUUGCAUUUUGUAAAAAAAAAAAAAUCUAAGCUUUAGUUUUUACAACUGUUGAAGUCAUUUUUUUUUUACUGUAACUAAUCAGAAACUGCUGCAGAAUGUAGAUUAAUGCUGUUUACUUUGAACCUGUUGAAAAAAACACUCACUCCGCAGAAGAACCAAAGCGUUCGAAUGAAUGCACCAAGAAGGGAUUAGAUAGUUCUUGUUUUUUUUUUUAAAGUUAUCUAUAGUUGCACUCAUUUUAAUAUUUCUACAGAAUAUUUGUGUAUUUCUAAAAUUGUACCAUAAACAAAGUAUUAAUUCUAAAAGUGCCAAAGCUGUACAAAACUAUGGUGGUCCUGUUUUUUUUGUUUUUUUUACAGGUGUAUUUUGCUGCAUAAUUGCCAGAUAGUUAGUUAUUGUUGGUGUCUCUUUAUAUAUAAAUGUGUGUGUGUGUUUGUGUGUGUGUGACGGUAACAUAAUUUGGGUUUUUGGACGAGCAAAAAUAACCAAGUAUGAGCUUCCCAAGCACUGAAAACAUUUGGUGGAGUGACACUGUUUGAUACUGCUGUUUUUGCUGUUGAUAAUUUUGAUUUAAUUUUUUUUUCUAGUUUCUAAUAUGUUGGAAGAAUUUAGCAGCGCUGUACUAAAGCAUCAUGAAUUUAUUUUUCAAGUUUUGCACCAGCUACGAAAAUAAAAUCAAACAGAAAGAAAA